UAACCCUCUUUACUAUUUCUAAGUGUAUAGUUCAGUGGCAUUAAGUACAUUUACAUGGUUUUGCAACCAUCACCACCAUCCACUUCCAGAACUUUUUCAUCAUCUCAAACUGAAACUGUCUUCAUUAACCAGUCUUAUUACUCUUUCCCAGCUUCUGUAACCUCCAUUCUUCACUUUGUUUCUACCAACUUGAUUACUCAAGGAACAUCAUAUAAAUUAAGUCAUAAUACAUGUGUCCUUCAGAGAGGAAGGGAGAGGGAGAGAUAGAAACAUCAGUGAUGACAGAGAAUCAUUGAUCAGCUGCCUCCUGUAUGCCCCACACUGGGGAUCAAGACCAAAACCUGGGCAGGGCUCUUGACCAGAAUCAAACCCGGGACCCUUCAGUUUGUAGGUGAAUGCUCUAUCUACUGAGCAAAACCGACUAGGACACAUGUGUCCUUCUCUGUAGCUGAGUUGUUCACUCUUAAAAUAAUUUACUGAAAAUAUAUUUAUGCUUUAUUCACAUUUUGUGAUUGUGUUAGGUUUCAAAAUUUAAAUUUCAGAAAAGAAAAAAGUAGUGGUGCAAAUUGGAACAGAAUGCAUAUACUGUAUGUUUCCAGUUUCAGUAUGAAACAAAGAGGAGAUACUGGAUGUCAACUGGAGAAUGGAGAAUAAGAGGGAUGAUUUGAUAAAGAUGAAACAUUAUAGCACAUAAUGAUAUUAGGUCCAAUGGAUAAACAGAUGUUUCAGAUAUAAAACACAAAAGGGACAGUUGGAAUAGUCAAGUCCAUGAGAAACUGAAAGGGAAGUAGACCCCACACACAAGCAGUGGAUUGGCCUUAGAUUGGAGUAUGGACAAUUUAUUUACCAGAGUCAGAGGAAAACUUAGAUACAGGUGACUCAAGUGGUGUCUCCAUGUGAAAAUACUUUCCAUUGCUUUUAUUUUUCUCAAUAAAAUAUGAGGCACGAAGACAUUAGGAAAGUGAACUGACCAGCAAAAUGUAGAAAGAGGAAGUACAUUUUUGAGGUCAUGAAUGUGCAUAAUUGUGGGUUUUUUUUUCUAGAGACACUUUCAUUCUUUCAGGGCAGGUGUGAAGAGAGCACAAACAAAUAACAUACAACAGAUGAUACAUCAUAGCACCAGAUGAUACAUGAUAGCAUUAUUACCUGAGAGUCAUUUAUUUAUUCAAUAAGUAAUUGUAGUUAAUCUCUUUUUUAAAUAGUUUUUAUAAAGAGAUAAGAAGGGAGAGAUAGAAACAUCCAGGAGAGGGAAAAAUCAACAUGGAUGGACUGCCUCAUGCACGAUGCCUGCUGGGCACUGAGCUUGAAACCAGGGCAUGUGUCCUGAUCCUGAAUCCAAUCAGCAACCUCUUGGUGCAUAGGUUGACACUCAACCAAUGAGCGACCCUGGCCAGGCUAGUUCAUCUACUCUUAAACUAGAAUGUACUAGUAUAAGGAUUAAAACAGAAGUGGGCAUUGAACAAAUGCAGGUCAUUUUCAAAUACAGGGGAGACUUUUGGGAUACCUAGUCUUCAGUUGGCAUUAUUGUAGGGUACUGAUAUGUCCGGGCCAUCCAGAGAAGGAUGUGUGCCUGGAGUUACCACCCAAUGUGCCCAUGAAAAUCACACAUAAGAGAAGGCUACUGUGUUGGCCUCUUCCAACACAUUUUUCAACAGUGUUAUAAACAGAACCCGAGAGAAUGAAUUUUGAUUAUGUUGAAAAAACAAACAAACCUGGAGUCUUGUCCCUUGCCCCACGAUCAUCAACCCAUUUAGAUCUAUUCUGAGGCACAGGACAGUCACCCCCUUGCUUAUCUAACAGCUUGCCUUGAGAGAUGUGCAUAACACUAUAAAGCCUCAUUGAGUGAUCGAAAAUGUCCUGGUUUGAUGCUCAUAUGUUACAGAGCAAGAGUUUUAAAAGAGGAGCAAUGGAGUGUGCCCACCAAUGAUUUCCAAGCCCUCUGGUAUGGAACAUUAGGAGUUGGCUGAGCAACGGACACAGGAGGGGUGGAAGUUCCGUUUGGCACAGUUGAGGAAGGCAUAGAGCUUUUGUUUCCUCUCCCAGAGUUUGCAGUCCUUCUUCGUAAUUAUAACAUCACAAUAUCAAAGAACUGUAGUCAAGGAUCACUGAAGCUAAUGAUAUGGAAUGAAAUCACAGAAAGGACACUAUCUGAAUAAUAAGAAAGGUCAGAAAGACUAGAAAGGACACAGCCAGAGGUAGGCAGCAUCCACCCUUUAUGAAGCCAGCAAACACCUGCAGCUAAUCCUACUGUCUAACCAUCUGCAUGUCAAGGAGCAGUUCUGCUCAUGGACCCAGGCCCUGCAUCAGCCACUGAUUCACUGGGGCUAUGUCAGUGGCCUUUGUGAGGGACUCUCCCGCCUCUCUGUCUUCUCUACAGAAGAACCAAGAGGUUAUGUAUGAAGCUAGCAGAGUGCUUCAGACCUGGGCUGCCCAAAUAAAGGGCUUGGCACUGGUACUGCUGCCACGAUCUUCACCAGUCAGGUUGGGGAUUGUGCUGGUGUUGGUACUGAGUUUCCUGCCAAGCUUGUGCUGUGACCUGGGGUCAGUAUAUUCCUCAUCCUAUGAAAUAGUCAUCCCCAAGGCUCUGACAGUUGAGGGAAGGCAAGACCCAGAGGAAGAAGCAUCUUAUGUGAUAUCUAUGCAAGGCCAGAAACAGCUAAUUCACCUGAAAGUGAAGACAGACUAUUUUAUCAAGAACUUUCCAGUCUUCAGCUACCACAAUGGCACCCAGGGACAAGAAAUGCCUUUCAUCUCACAUGACUGUCACUAUGAAGGCUACAUAGAAGGAGUCCCGGGUUCUUUUGUUUCUGUCAACACCUGUUCAGGCCUCAGGGGCAUCCUGAUUAAGGAGGGAAAAUCCUAUGGCAUUGAGCCCAUGGACUCUUCAAAACAGUUUGAACAUGUAUUGUCCACCAAGGCCCAUCAAGCUCCAGUCUCCUGCAGUGUCACUUCCCAAGACAGCCCAGUGGUGUCUGCCAGCCGACAACAAGGGAGCAGGAAGCCUGGCGGUCUACAGGAGCCCUCCUCCUUGUGGUCACUCACCAAGUACGUGGAGAUGUUUGUUGUGGUCAACAACCAGCGGUUCCAAAUGUGGGGCAGUAACGUCAAUGAGACGGUCCAGAGAGUGAUGGACAUCAUUGCCCUGGCCAACAGCUUCACUAGGGGGAUAAACACACAGGUGGUGCUGGCUGGGAUGGAGAUUUGGACCGAGGGGGACCUCAUAGAGGUCCCAGUGGACCUGCAAGUUACACUGGGGAAUUUCAACAAGUGGAGACAAGAGAAGCUCCUCCAUCGUGUGAAGCAUGAUGUUGCCCACAUGAUCGUCGGACAGCAUCCUGAGCACGGUAUGGGACAGGCAUUUCUCAGUGGUGCCUGUUCCCGUGGUUUUGCAGCAGCUGUUGAAUCCUUCCCUCAUGAAGAUGCCCUCCUGUUUGCAGCGCUCAUGGUCCAUGAGCUUGGGCACAACUUGGGUAUUGGGCACGACCACUCAGCCUGCAUUUGUAAAGACAAACACCUCUGCCUCAUGCGUGACAAUAUCACUAAAGAAAGUGGCUUCAGCAACUGUAGCUCUGACGACUUCUACCAGUUUCUCCAGGAUCACAGAGGGGCCUGCCUAUUUAACAACCCUCAGCGGCACAAAGGCCGCUUGCGUAGGGAUUCCUACUGUGGAGAUGGUGUGGUGGAGGGUGAGGAGCAGUGUGACUGUGGUUCUGCCUGUUACACUGACCCGUGCUGUGACCAAACAUGUACCCUGAAGGGGAGUGCAGAAUGUAGUGAUGGACUCUGCUGCUUUGGUUGCCAAUUGAGAAAUAAGGGAUUCGUGUGCCGUUCUGCUUCGGGAGACUGUGACCUACCAGAGUAUUGUGAUGGUAGCUCUGCAGAGUGCCCCACAGACACCUUUAAGCAAGAUGGUACACCGUGCGAUAGACUGCACAUCUGUAUUGGAGGUCAAUGCAGAAACCCUGAUAAUCAGUGCAUGGCUAUGUAUGGGGACACUGCACGGUCUGCCCCAGAAAACUGUUACAUUUCAAUAAACAGCAAAGGGGACCGGUUUGGAAACUGUGGCCAUCGCACUUCGGCAAUGCCAAGAUAUGUUAAGUGUUUUGAUGAUAAUAUAUUUUGUGGGAAAAUUAUAUGUACAAAUAUUAGACGGGUCCCAUCCAUCAAACCCCAUCGCACACUGAUCCAGAUUCCUUAUGAAGGUGACUUCUGCUGGAGCUUGGAUGUCUAUAACAUUACUGAUAUCCCUGAUGAGGGAGAUGUGCACUUUGGCACUGCUUGUGCCCCGAACAAAGUCUGCAUGGAUUACUCCUGCACAGAUCAUGCUGUGCUCAAGUAUGACUGCAAACCAGCAGAAAUGUGCAAUGGGAGAGGAGUCUGUAACAAUUUAAGGCACUGCCACUGUGAGGCUGGCUAUGCACCGCCCGACUGCAGAACCCCAGGAAGUGGGGGUAGUGUGGACAAUGGUUCUCCUGGCAAAACAGAGAACGAAAAUCCAAGUGAGGAUGAAGGGAACAGUUACAGUGUUGAUCAUGAAAAUGUUGGCAAUGGUGGUGUGAAUAGAGAUGAAAAUGAAAGCACAGGUGAUUUGUUAGUAUUGCCCUUCCUUAUUUUGAUAAUAUUGUUUGUUUGUUUGUUUUUCUUCUUUUACUGUUUUUUAUUUUUUUUAAUAUUUUGUGGUCUACUUAUUGGUGCCCCUCUUAGGCCUAAGGAGGAUAUUUUACAGAACUCAGAAGAGGCCAUCCCAGGAACAAGAGAACGCUGGUAUAAUUAGAGGAAGACGACAUUAAGAAAGGAAAAGCUAACAAUAGAAAAUGAGUAGUGAUAGGAAGAAGUCUUCUAUAGCAAGCGCUUCAUACACCUGGUGGAAGGAGGCUCAGUACAGCAAAUGUGAAGUGGACAUCAGCAGUAGAAGUGGCUCUGAUGUGGAUUGUAAAGACUAUAGAAAUGUACUAAUGUAAAGGAGGGAUUUUCUUCUAUCUUUUACUAAUUAAUUAUAGAUGUGUAUGUGAAAUAAUUUAUAAAACAUUUUACUAUAUUUUC